GGGAGGGAGGUGCUAGCCCCGCCCCCGGGCCGCCGCCGCCGCCGCGAUCGCACCGGGGCCGGGCCGGGGCCGCAGCCGCAGCCGGAGCCGGAGCGGGGCAGCGCGGCGCAGGGAGCGCGGGGCGCGCAGCGGGCGGGUGCCCGCGCGGCGCGGAGGCAGCCGCGAGCGGGGAGCGCGGGGAAGGGGGCGAAGGGAGGCAAACUCGCCCCGACGCCGCCCGCGCCGCCCUGCCCGUUUCGCUCCCUCGGUCCUCGCGGCCGGUGCGCGCGGGCGCGGAGCCGCGGGAGCCGCGCGGCGCGGGGGCGCAGCGCGCCCGGAGACAAAGGGAAGGGGCGGGGGCCGCGCCCGCAGGAGACAUGCGCUCGGUGCGGAAGCGCUGGACGGCGUGCACCAUCAGCAUCCUCCUCAUCGUCUACAAGACAAAGGAGAUCGCGCGCCCCGAGGAGCGCCGGGAGGCCCCGCUGCCCGGAGAUGGUGAGCUGAGUUUGAGUAGAUCAAUGAUCAAUAGCUCUGAUAAAAUAAUUCGAAAGGGUGGCUCCUCAAUCUUCCAGCACUCUGUAGAAGGUUGGAAAAUCAAUUCCUCAUUGGUACUGGAGAUAAGGAAGAACAUUCUCCGGUUCUUGGAUGCUGAAAGAGAUGUCUCGGUGGUCAAAAGCAGCUUCAAGCCAGGAGACGUAAUCCAUUAUGUGCUGGACAGGCGUCGCACCCUGAACAUCUCGCAGGAUUUGCACAGCCUCCUCCCUGAGGUUUCCCCGAUGAAGAACCGGCGAUUUAAAACCUGUGCAGUUGUUGGAAAUUCGGGCAUCCUUCUGGACAGCGGAUGUGGAAAGGAGAUUGAUAGCCAUGACUUUGUAAUAAGGUGCAAUCUAGCUCCUGUGGUGGAGUUUGCUGCAGAUGUGGGAGCUAAAUCUGAUUUUAUUACCAUGAAUCCAUCAGUUGUACAAAGAGCGUUUGGAGGCUUUCGGAAUGAGAGUGACAGAGAAAAAUUUGUGCAUAGACUAUCCAUGCUGAAUGACAGUGUCCUUUGGAUCCCUGCUUUCAUGGUCAAAGGCGGAGAGAAGCAUGUGGAGUGGGUUAAUGCAUUAAUCCUUAAGAAUAAAUUGAAAGUGCGAACCGCCUAUCCAUCACUGAGACUUAUUCAUGCUGUCAGAGGCUAUUGGCUGACAAACAAGGUCCACAUCAAACGGCCCAGCACCGGUCUCCUCAUGUAUACGCUUGCCACCAGAUUUUGUGAUGAAAUUCACCUGUAUGGAUUUUGGCCAUUCCCAAAAGAUUUACAUGGAAAACCAGUCAAAUAUCAUUAUUAUGACGAUCUAAAGUAUCGGUACUUUUCUAAUGCCAGCCCUCAUAGGAUGCCACUAGAGUUUAAAACUUUAUAUGUACUGCAUAACAGAGGAGCACUUAAACUAACAACGGGGAAAUGUGUACAGCAAUAAAGCACAUGUAAAGUACAAUAAGAAGUCCAGAAUAUGCACUUCAUCAUAAAGAUGUUGUGGAAUGGCAAUGGGGUCCCAGCGAGGAUAUAUUUCAAUACCCGCUAAGCCAUUGGAAAAGGAAUUUUAUCAGAAGUACAUAACCAGCUACUAUACCUGUAAAGUGCUAUAAAACAAAGCUAUCUUGACUGCAAGGGUUCAAGUAAGUGCCACUUUCACUAAGAACAAAGCUUGAAUGUAUACUCAGUAGUGUUUACAGGAUCCAGUGAUAUAUUUGUCAUGAAUUAAAGAAGAAACAAAUGGACUGCCUAUUGCUGACUUGCCACUGUGGCCAGAGAGCUUAUCGAAGAAAUCCCCGGUGGAUGGGGCAGUUUCUCGAGGAAAUACGCCAGGCUUUGGCAGAGAAGCUCACGAUGGGAUUGCGCAGAGAAAGCAAAGUCCGUAAGAUCAAGCAGAUCAAGCAAAUGCCUUCAGUCAGGGGACUGUUUCUGAUCUUGUAUUAUAACCUCAGCUUUUGUUGCUGUUUUUCUUAUUGUUGUUGGCUGGGUUUUGUUGCUUCUGGGUACUGAAACCCUUCAAGGAUUUUGAGGAUGUUAUGAAUAAUUAAAAGUAUGUAUCUUAAGGAAUUGUCUUAGGAGAAAAAAAUUCGUAAGGGAGGGAGGGUGGAGGGAAACAUCAAAUAUUUUAUCAAUUGUUAUUGUGUUGUAACCUGCUGUCGCACAACUCUCAACCUCCCAGAUGUUUUUCUAGCUACAGCUGUCAGUACCCACUACAUGGAACCGCUCAGAGAUUGGUCAUUUUGAGCCUUUUUAAAGAGAGGUUUUUCGGUUUUAUUCAGAUCUGAAGACUCACUUAGAAAAAGGUGCCCUUAUUUUUGGUACCAAAGAUUACUCUUAUUUUGUAUACACGAUUUUUCCUUUUCUUGAAGAAAAUUCAUAUGAUAUUUCUUUGCUGCUGAAGGAAACAUUUUCUGGAUCUUUUAUUUACAGUAAUUUAUAUUGUUUAAAUUGUUUGCUUGAAGCAUCUCAAACAAAGCCUCUUUACUGACUUUGCCUGUAGAGUUUUAUUCUUCAGAAAAAUCUGCAGGAGCAAAGAGAUUAUCUCAUACAUUCAAAUAUAUAUGAUUUUUAUUCCUAACUGAAAGGAAAACAAGAAGUCUAGAGGAACUCAGCUGACAUAUUGGAACAAACUAAAAGAAAAAAGACUUAGCCAAUUAAAUGGAAAAUAAAGGUACUGUAGAGGAAACAGUUCUUUCAAAACUUAAAUUUCUCAUGGUAUUGAAUAAUACAUCUCUCUAAUAUACCUCUUUUGUAUCAGCUUGAUGUAGGGGUGUGUAAUUGACUGAAGUAACGCAGAGCUGUAUUAUCUCACGUUGAUUUUUCUGAACAGCAUUCCUUCUGUUUAUCCACAAAACCAACCAUUCUUUUGCUCCCUCCUUUCAGAAAAGAGAACAAGAAAUUGGAGGAGCGAGGGGAGGCAGACUGUCAGUACGACGUACACAGAGUUACAAAACCUGUGUGCGUACGGUUGGUUUUAGCUCUACAGGAGCAGGUAAAGCAGGCCACUUGCUUCCAUCGUUUUCACGACAGGCUAGGCUAAGGAGGAGGCAUGCGGAUACAACAUAUGUGUAUUUUGCUGUUAUGUUUUCAGCUCUAGGAUAGGUCCUUAUCUCCAAAUAUUAUAUCCACUGUACAUAUCAGACCUUGAGCUAGCUUGGAGAACUUCAUGUGUAGCACAAAACCCAAGAACAAUUAGCAGUUAAAAAAAUGCCACUUUUUACCCAUGUUUCCUGUUAAGUUCACAUAUGCAUGACUAGAGGUCUGUGAUUAUGCAAAUUUAGUAGCCUAAAUCCCCAACUUGCAGCCGGUUUUGCUAGAGGCUGGUGUGAAAUAGAAAGUCGUCCUGCCAUAGCUAGGAAACAGUAGCAGUCUCCUGUUCACCAGUGUCUCCAACCCAGGACAGUUUACUUUGGCUGUAUGCCAAAGUGUGAGAUAUGGUCCUAAUCAGAUCAGCAUUGAAACCAAGGCAUCACUAGGAACUUAAUAGCAAUACAGACUGGAAUGUAUUUAAUUUGUUGUUGGUCAACCACACAGUGUUAUAUGUACACUGUAAGCUUGAAGUUUAAGACAAAUUUGCUUGGUGAAAGAUGUGUGUAUUCCUCUUCUUUCUGCUGGGUUUUGCUGCUUUUUUUUUCUUUUUGACACAUUUUGUAUACACUGAUUGACUUUCUAUUGAGAUAAAGGGUUCACAGAUGUCAGUCCCACAGAAGCUCAGAGAAGUGCCUGUUUAGCUUUAUCUGUUCCUCUGGGAAUGUGCUCUCUUCUUUGCUCCGCUGUCAGGCCAUCAACAAAAAGGGAAUUCACGUUGACUACAAUAUGAACUGACAGGUGUUUUUUUCACUUCAGGAAAGGUUUUAAUACACCAAUAUGAUUAUUUCUCUGAGAGAAAAGUAGAUGGAGACACUAUAAUUCCUCUGGUAGUAAAAUAAUAAUAAUAAUAAUAAUAAUAAUACUUUUGUAGUCGAAUAAAUGAAAACAAGGAGACAUUAAUGAUGAGGGAUAGAUGAGGGAAGUUGCCUUUAGAAGUCAGCAAAUGAAGGAUGGAGCAAAGACCCUGUUGGUGAGAGUCACAUCUGAUUCUCUGUGGGUGAGGUUAGCUGUAAUGCACAAGCCAUGGAGUCCAAAUUCCCACCCUAUUACUAAGUCUGGUCCAACGGGGCAGUUCAGGGCAAGUUUUCUCAGACUUGAUUUUGCGCAGGCCAUGACAGCAGCACCUCCUUCCAAGGCAACAGUAGCUCACCCAGAUCUUCUCACAACUGGCCCUUGCCCUCAGUUACUGCAUGCUUUCCACCUUCGUAUUGCACAUGGCUGGCACUGCCAGCCCCGCUCCUCAUUCCCAACCCUUGGCCACGCUCAGCCUCCCCUCUGGCUGGGACCUGGUCCGAUCUCCCCGCUGAGAGCAGAUGACUGCUCCCUGACCCAUGGCACAGCACAGGUGUGCUUUAUUAUGAUUAUCCUCUCUUAUCAUCCAACACUAUCAGUGACUAAUACAAAAUAGCUAGAAUAAAAAGAAGGAUCCCAAAUAUUAUAAUGAUAUCUGCCUUGGUGAGGAUCAACUGAGGAAUACCCUUCACCUGAGAAUUCCUCUAAUUUAUCUUCAAGAAGGUCAUAUCAAUUGCCAGCCAUGGUUCCUAGAAGUAUGCUAAAAAUAAGAACAGGGAGCUACAUCAGGACAGCAGACUGUGUAUUUUUCCAAAUCUCUUGGUAGCUCUACAUUGAAGAAUUGGAUUGCAUUCAGGUAAAUUUAUUAUGAAUUGUUUAUUAACAUAUAUGUUAAUGUUUCUGUGGCAGAGACUCUUUCUCGUAUUUCAUGAAAAUUAUCGAUAAAUUUAUCUGAUGGUUACGUUUUCAGCUUUGGGACAAUUCUUUCUCCCUCAGCUCUGAGCCACUCUCCCGACUUGAGAUCUACUGAACCUUUCAAACUUUGGCUGGUUUACAUGAUCUGAUAUGUAAUAAGAAACCAGGCCUCAUUUAAUAAAUACUCUACCAUUCUUUUGUUAAAGAAUAAAAUCAUCACAUACUUAAGGUCAGCACCUUUUUUUUAAAACUGACUGCAAUUUGAAGAAAAGCCGAUGUGGGUUCAGUGCGUUUUUUCGUGUUUGAUCUGGCAGUGCUGAGCACGCCUUACUCACAGUGACUUUACUGGGAGUGACAUGUCCAGUACUUAGGUGGGCAUCUAGAUUGGCAUCUUUCAGGAUCUGACUCUUAAAUUGCACAUUAUUAUUUAUUUUUAAGAGCACUGUUACUUUGUGUAGGGAAAAGCACAAUUGUUCUAAAUGUAGAUAAAAUAAAGAAAGAGAGUUUACAGAGAGCAUCAUUCCUGCACAGUACUAUUGCUACUGAGCAUAUGUAAUACCAUUUCUGUGAUUUAAAGUAUUGAUAUGUAUUCUGUCAGGAUUGUCAUGUCUGACACUGUUUAAUAUUAUUUCAUGUACAGCUUUGGGGUAUUGUUUUAUUAUUUGUACAACUAUAAAAUAAACAAGUUUUUUCAUUUUUUCUGCUA